CGUCGGUUCGUCGGGCGUAGCGGCAGCGAUGAUAUUUUAGUCGUACUCGUACAGAAGCCACAGCCCUCUGCUAGCUAGCUAGCUCCUGCUAGAAUGGAAAGUGCAGGAGGGGAAGCUCGGCCGGUGCUGCCGCCGCCGCCGCCGCCGGUGCAAGAGCUCGCCGGCGCAGCGAACGACGUGCCAGCUCGGUACGUCGCGCGCGCAGGCAACGAGCCCAAGGUCACGGUAACCGCGCCGGUCCCGGUCAUCGACCUCGCCCGGCUGUGCCAGCCGGGCGGCGGCGCCGACGAGGCCUCGAAGCUCCGGCUGGCGCUCGAGUCCUGGGGUCUCUUCCUGGUGACCAACCACGGCAUCGAGGCCACUCUCAUGGACGCCAUGAUGGACGCGUCGAGGGAGUUCUUCAGGCAGCCGCUCCAGGAGAAGCAGAAGCACAGCAACAUGAUCGACGGCAAGCACUUCCAGCUCCAAGGGUACGGGAACGACCGGGUGGCGUCGGAGGACCAGGUCCUGGACUGGUGCGACCGCCUUUACCUCUUGGUGGAGCCUCAGGAGGACAGGAGCCUUGACCUAUGGCCCGCAUGUCUAAGGGACGUUCUGCACGAUUUCACCACAGAGUGCACGAGAGUGAAGGACUGCCUGCUUCGAGAAAUGGCGAAGGCGCUAGAUGAGCUCGGCGACGACGACGACUACUUCAUCGACCAGUUCGGCGACAGGGCCGACACCCAUGCCAGGUUCAGCUACUACCCUCCGUGCGCGCGGCCGGACCUCGUCUUCGGCCUGAGGCCUCACUCCGACGGCACGUUCCUCUCGCUUCUCAUGCUAGACGACAGCGUCGGCGGGCUUCAGGUUUUCCGGGACGGAGCCUGGUACGACGUGCGCACCAGACCUCACACCCUGCUCGUCAAUCUAGGAGACCAAAUAGAGAUAAUAAGCAAUGGGAUCUUCAAGAGCCCAGUGCACCGGGUUGUAACAAACGCGGAGAAAGAGAGGCUAUCAGUGGUUCUGUUCUAUUCUAUAGAUCCUGAGAGAGAAAUCCGGCCCGCUGACAAACUGAUAGACGAGAACCAUCCAGCACUAUACAAGAAGGUGAAAGUCAAAGAAUAUACUGCUGGACUCUACGAACAUUUCUCUCGAGGGAAAUUGGUUAAAGAGACUGCAAAGAUAUAGCUUGUUCGCUUUGGAUUAAAUCCAUGGACUAAUCCUUAGAGACAAAAACACUGUAUAAGUAGUAAAAGUCGGUACGAAUUAAAGCUCAAGCUAGUCGUAUCUAUGUAAUGAAUAAGGGUGAAACCUUUGCGAUCCUAGAUAAUAAAUGAAAUUAAUUUUU